AUGCAAACAGCGCCCGAGACGAAACAGUGUUCCUACUGCCGGAGGACGGGCAAGACGUGCACCAUGAACUGGGCCUGGCAGCAGAUCCAAGUCUCGUUGGCGCUGCAGGCGGCUUCCCGCCAGCACCUGACGCCGACGAAAUCGCAGAAGCGGGGCUACGCCGAUGAUGUAGACACUCGUGGCUACACCAUAAGCCCGACGACAGGAUUACCCGACGUCGGGAUCGGGGAGGUUUCGAUGCUGCCGGAUGCAGAUCUCAACGGCGUCUUGUCGGCGCCGCUGUCGGAUGAUUUGUUUGACCUGCAGUCGCUCCAUCCAGACGCGAGCUUUCCUUUUCCGCCGCAGCCGAUUCCAUCUCUUGAAGGGGGCAUGCCGUUCAACUUGUCAGAUCCGUUUGCUCCGACGUUCCCCACCACAGCAACAACGACGUAUCACCACCCAGGAGCCGAACAACACAUGGAAUAUGCACAGGUAGACAGGGCACCUACCUUCAACCCCAGCCCUUCCUUGUCGUCCACCUCAUCAUUUUCCCCGCACCAGCCAGCCGCCCGGUCAUCCAGCUUCACCAGCUUCACGAGCCCCGGAAGCAGCAGCAGCAGCAGCAGCAUCGAUCUGCAACGCAGCAACAAACGCCGCCGCCGUCGCUACACGCCCGAAGACACAAACACCACCAACACGACGUCGUCAUCCCCCUCGUCGAUGGCUCUGUGCUUCACCUCGCCCGUCUCCCGCUUCUCCAUCGACCAAAAGAUGAUGGCCGCCGCGACGACGGCGUCCAUCUCGUCGGGCCUGCUGCAGAUCUACCACGACGUGCUGGAGCACAACCUCUCGUGCUGGCUGACCGAGGUCACCUGUCCGUACAAGGGCGUCUCCCGCCGCGAGGAAGCCCUCCAGCUGACCGAGUGGGGGCCCAGCUGGUCCAACCGCGUCCUGAAGCGCACCGUCAAGCUCGACCGCGCCGCGAGGGAGACGGGGCUGGUCAAGACGACCAAGGCCCAGGACAGGGCGGCCAGCAGGGCGCUGCACUCGGCCAUCAUGGCCUUUGCGACGCAGUGGGCGCAGGGCAGUCGGAGGCAGCGCCGGCGGUACCGCUCGAGGCUGUCGUCGUCGUCGCCGUCCUCGUCGUCGUCGUCUUCUUCCACGUCCUCGUCCUGCUAUUCUGACGGGGACGACAUUGAGCGCCAGAUGACGGAGGAGUUUGACAGGAGCAUCCAGCGGCACUUUUGGGCGCAGGCCAGGGCGGCGCUGGACGAUGUCGCACACCUAGAGUCGUACAAGGUGGCGUGUGCGGAGCUGGUGUUUGGGCUGGCGCAGAGGCCGUGGAGCGAGGAGGAUGAGGAUGAUGAAGACGACGAUCGGAGUGCCGGGUUCGUCGCCGGGGGCGAGUGGGAUCUAGGGCCUGGGGUUGGAGUUGGUGUCAGUGGCGGUGGGCAGACUGAUCCGUUUGAUACGGCUUCUCUCAUGACCGAGAUUGACAGGAUCGUCGAAAAGGAUGGACCACCAGUCUACAUAGAGCGAGCGAUGCGGCGGAUGCAAGCCCUCAAGCGACGCUUCGAAGCGUCAUCCAAGGGGUGGGCAGGUUCACAAUCACCACAACAUCAACAGCAGCAGCAGCAGCAUCAACAUGCACAGUACAACACCAAAUUCAGUCACCAAAGACUCGAGCAAGAAGACGAAAAAACAGUCGGCCUCAUCUACUGGCUCGCCGUCAUGUUCGACACCGUCUCCUCGGGCAUGAACGAGCGCCCACUGUCAGUGACGGACGAGGACAGCCAACACGAGCGCGUCGCGGAGCAGCACGGCAAGACCGACGACGGACCCGACGGCCCCUCCCGCGGCUGGAAGGUGGAGCUCUUCAUCGACGACGACGUGACCCGGCCGCGGAUGCGAACCACCUGGCCGUGCAGCUACCAGGAGGCCGCCGAGGCGGUCACGCGCUCGGCCCCGGCCAAGGUGCUCCUGUACCGGCACCUCGCGCACCUGCAGACGGUGCUGCUGCAGCAGACGUCGGCGGCGCCGGACAAGGUCGAGGCGGCCAUCUCGCGCGCGGCGGGCCUGCACCGCUACUGGAACGUGACGCACGGCGCCUUCUUCCGCGACCUGGUGCGGCACUACCGCGACGUGCCCGCGCGCAUCCGCAGCUGGUUCGUCUGCAUCUCGGCGCACUGGCACCUGGCCGUGCUGAUGCUGGCGGACCUGGUCGAGUUUGCCGACGCCCGCGGCCGCGGCCUGGCCCUCGAGGCGGACGCCCGCCGCGGCGCCGGCAUGGUCGCCAACAUGCGCGCCGGCAGCGCAGCCGAGCUGGCGGACCUGGCGAGGGUGUCGACGCCCGCCGGCCUGGACGGCGCGCCCGGUGCCUACGAGGCCGCGCCCGAGAUGCCCGGCCUGCACCACGCCGUCAACGAGGGCACCAUCAUGACGGAGCCGUGGACCGUCAUACUGAUACGCGCCUUUUCGCGCGCCGCCGUCUUGAUGAUGCGCGACGCGGGGAGUCGUAGGCAGCAGCAGCAGUACGGCCUCGCGACCGCAGAAGACAAGACGGGCAGGAGCGGGGUGGAGGACUGCAUCCGGGCGCUGUUUUACCUGGGGAGGAAGUCUGACAUGGCGAUGAAGGUGGCGGACGUGCUGGAGGAGGCUUUGGUGAGGGCGCGGGCGGAUUGA